GGAAGAAAAGAUAGGUUGACAUUAAUUAAAACAUUAUUUGUGUCCGUAGGUUUGAAUUCUCACCCAUGAGAGGUUUGCUUUGGUGGUUUCAUUUGCAUCUUCAAGCUGCAAGAGGAGCCAAAAAAGAACCAACCAAGCUUCUCCCUUCUUCUCACCGUGGUGGAGGAGAAGGGUGGCCGUGAGGACAACUAUAGGUGGUAGUGGCCGUUGCAACCAAGGUUGAAAAGAAGUUUGUGGUCACGAUCGGAUUCGCAACAUCAUUAUCGUAUAUCUUUUUAGUUGCGUUUGUGAUUGAGGCCACACCAAUUUCUUUUGAUCAAAUUUCCAAUAUCAAAGACCAGGAUGCGACUUUAAUCACGACUUGAAACAUUGGUGGCAACAACCAUAUCAAUAUUUUUGAUAUGUUUGUUGUUUUGAUCGUGAUUGAGGCCGCAUCAAUUUCUAUUGAUUGAAAUUUACACAAAUUCAAACCUUGGUGGCAAAAACCAUAUGUAAAAAUGAUGUCUUCUUAUGGAAGCAAAAAAACACAUACAAACCUUGUUAUGGUGGCUGUAGACAAAGACAAGAAUAGUGGUUAUGCCUAUCAUUGGACAACUAAUAAUAUUGAAAACCCUAUCAUCAUUGCAGUCCAUGUUAAACACAAAGACCUUCCUCAUCAGGGUUCCAAUGUUUUCCCCCCUGAUGAAGAAGAUGUAGACAAUGUGUUUAGUACCUUGCGUGAAAUGUGUAAUGAUAAAGUUGUAAAGAUGAAAGAAGCUGUAGUCGAUGAUAGUGAUAUUGCUAGAGGACUUUUGGAUUAUGCAAAGAGGAAUCGCAUUCAAACUAUCAUUGUUGGUGCACCCGCAAGCUACACCAAAAAUGUUCUAUCAAGAUCUCUAAACAUGAGAACUAUAAGCAAAAGGUUUAAAGGAUAUGAGGAUAUAGCAACAACCAUAAUUAAAUCAGCUCCAGAUUAUAGUUCUGUCUAUGUAAUUGCAAAAGGAAAGGUAGUGGAAACUCGACCAGCAAUAAGACCAUUGGAUAAUUUAGAUGUAAAAUCACCUGCAAUGACAGUUUGUAAAUCAGAGAAUGAUAUAAGGGGACCAAUAUUUAAAAGAGGAGCUAGCACUAGUAGAUCACGAAGAGGACUACUUUUGCUUUCAACUAAUCAAUCUUUGGAGAGCAUUGAUUUAUCAAAUCAUCAUAGCCAAAAGUCACAAUUAUUUAGCCAUAACUCAAGCUUAAAUGAAAAUAACUCAUCCGGGUCACAUAAAUUUGGUUCAUUGGGUUUACCAAAAUUAGAUAAGGAUUCAAGCAAUGAAGCAGAUUCUCAACACAAAGAAGAGAUGGAAGCUGAGAUGAAAGAAUUGAGGCUCAAACUUAGGCAGACUAUGGACAUGUACAAGUCAGCUUGCAAAGAAGCAAUCACUGCCAAAAACAAGGCUAAAGAAAUUAAUCAAUGGAAACUUGAAGAAGCACGUACUGUUGAGGAAGUUAUGAUGUCAAAAGAAGCAGCAUUAGCAAUGGCAGAAAAGGAAAAAGCUAAAGCAAAAGCUGCAAUUCAAGAAGCUGAUGAAGCUAUGAAAAAGGCAGAAAAAGAAGCACAAAGAAGAUUAAAGGCAGAGAGAAAGGCUAGAAGAGAAAUGGAAGAGAAAGAUCAAGCACUAAAUGUUAUAGCUCGUAAAGAUAUUCGAUAUAGACAAUACACCUUAGAAGAAAUUGAAAAUGCUACUCAAAAUUUCUCAUUAUCAAUGAAAAUUGGUGAAGGUGGAUAUGGACCUGUUUUUAAAGGUCAACUUGAUCAUACAAAUGUUGCUAUCAAAGUUUUAAGACCUGAUGCUAACCAGGGUAGAAAACAGUUCCUACAAGAGGUUGAGAUAUUGUGCAACAUAAGACAUCCAAAUAUGGUCCUUCUCCUAGGUGCAUGUCAAGAAUAUGGAUGCUUAGUAUAUGAAUACAUGGACAAUGGUAGCUUGGAAGACAGAUUAUUAAGAAAACAAAACAGCCCUCCAAUUCCAUGGCAAAAUCGUUUCGAAAUAGCAUUUGAAAUUGCAACAGCACUUCUUUUCCUUCACCAAACAAAGCCAGAAGCCAUUGUUCAUAGAGACCUUAAACCAGCCAACAUUCUCAUUGACAAAAAUUUUGUUAGCAAAAUAAGUGAUGUUGGUUUAUCAAGAUUAGUACCACCUUGUGUAGCGGAUUCCGUCACACAAUAUCAUAUGACUUCAGCAGCUGGAACAUUAUCUUACAUUGAUCCCGAGUAUCAGCAAUCCGGAAAAUUAACAACAAAAUCAGAUAUUUAUUCUUUAGGGAUAGUGUUUCUUCAAAUAAUCACAGCUAAACCUCCAAUGGGACUUUCUCAUCAAGUUAAAAGGGCUAUUGAAAAUGGAACAUUUUCUGAUAUGCUUGAUCCUGUUGUUACUGAUUGGCCUAUUGAUGAAGUUUUGGAAUUUGCUAAACUUGCUUUGAGAUGUGCUGAGCUUUGUAAGAAAGAUAGACCUGAUCUUGCAUUAGAAGUGAUUCCGGAGCUUAAUAGAUUAAAAGAGUUUGGAUUUAAGUCACAAAAAUACGAACGAAAUCGGAGUCAUGCACUGCGUCCUCCCGCGCCUCCUCGAGGUCCACUUUGAAAGACAUAUAUGGAAUAGAUUAUUUUUGUUAGUAUUGGAAAUUGAUUGUGUUAUGAAUACUUAAUCAUUACACAUUUUGUAUAUUGAACUUCUUUGCAACACAUAUUAGUUGUGAUUUGUGAAUGGAAGUUUCCAAUAGUUGUCUUGGAAUGGAAUACUUGUCCAGAAUCUUGCAUAACAUGUAUGAUGUAACAAGUGAUGUUUCAUAGUAGUACAAUAGAUUUCAUUAAUUAUAUGAUAUAGAUAGAUAAAUUUUAGAUUGAUUCUAGGCAGAUAUUGCAACAAUAUAGUUAAAUUUUAGCUAAAGAUUGAAUAACUAUAUGAUACUCCAUCAAAA